AUGCCAUAUGGUUCCCAUGUUCCUCCUCCACCUGACGGUCAUCAAGCGUCCACCUCUGCCAACCGUCGACGACGACGACGAAAGCAUGGAGACUCUGGACCUGGACCGGGCGGUGAUGCUUGGAGUGAGCGCGGCGAGGAAGAGACUCCAACGGAAGAUCCGUCUGUGAUCCCAUCAUGGCAUUCUGACCACCAUGGAUCAGUUGACCGAGUUGCAAGGACAUCACCAACGACUGUGACCAAUCAACGGCAUGCCCGCAAGAUCUCAUCAUCUGCUGAUGACGACUCCACCAUCAAGAAGUUGAAGGAAGUCUUGAACAAGGAUGACAAUGAUGAGCCUUGGGAUGACAGAAAAGGUCCCUCUAAGGGCAUCCGUUGGCGCGGCGGCACUGCACCGUCCCCGCCUCAGUGGAAAUAUGAUGCUACAGACUUGCGUGCAUACAAUAAGUUCUGCAAGAAGGUUGAAAUCUGGAUGCUACAGGUUGCACCUUACCUGAGCAAGCGUGAAGCAGCACUCAGCUUGUACAAUGCGUUGCAGGGCGAGGCUGAGCAAGAGCUUGAGCACACCCCUGUCAGUGAGAUUUACACUGACGAUGGUGUUCAGGUGAUUCUGCAAGCCUUGAAGGCACCAAUGGAGCAGAAGGCCAUCUAUCAGAAACGUCGCUACCUCAAUGACUUUGAGCACAUCCGACGAUACCAAGGAGAGACUAUGCGCUCCUUUGUGAAUCGGUUUCGCCGAGUGCAGCGCAGUUUGCGUUCAGUCGGCAUCAACAUUGAGGCAGCCUAUGACAAUGAGAGCAUGGGUUCACGACUCUUGGAUCGCAGUGGCUUGACACAUGAGCAGCAGCGUAUGAUUUUGGUUGCAACAUCACAGUCUUUGCUGUUUGAAUCUGUGGCUGAAGCACUGACAUUGCAGUUUCCAGAGUUUCGUGGCGCUCCUCCAAUUUCUGGUGGAAAAGAUGGUCAGGGAAAAGGCAAGAACAAGUCUAUGGGUAGCACUUCAUCAUCCAGUAUGCCAUCCUCAUCGACCUCCUCUACUGCCUCCUCUCGGCAGAGCUCUGUUUCGAGCGUGCGUGGAGCUCCAACACGUAGAGCCUUCGUUGCAGCUCACGAUGCUGGAGAUGAUCAACAAGAAGAUGAUGAGUUCCUCGACACCAUUGAGGAAGAAUUCGAAGAUGAUCAGAAUGAGCCCAAUGACGAUCAAGAUGAUUGUGAAGAAGAUGAUGGAUUUGAAGAUGACGGUGAAGGCGCGAAUGACCUUCAAGAGCUGGCAUCCGUCUUGACUGUGACGGCAAAGAAGUUGAACAACUUGACCCUUGGUCGAAAGUUCUUUACUGCAAAGCAGAAGGGCAACUCCAAGGGCAAAGGUGGCUCGACCAGACUGACUCCUGAGGAGUCCAAGAAGGUCACUCACUGCACUGCUUGUGGAGCUCGUGGACAUUGGUACAAAGACCAAGAAUGUCCGAUGAACAAGGGCAAAGGAUCCUCUUCGUCGCCAAAGCCGAUCGAGAAAAAGGGUCCGCAGCCAGCCUUCAAGAAGCCCCACAGUGUCAACUUCAUCCACCAUGAGCAUGGCGUUGUCGAUGUGUAUGACAACCCUUCCUACGGCCAGUCAUUUGACGUCAACAUGGUUUUGGUUCCAUCCCCUGGUAUCCCAUAUGUGGUCAAUGAAGUCAAGUUUGUUGGAUCAGAGACCUUUGCCGGCCUCAUUGUUUUGGACUCUGGAUGUCAAAGAACUUGCUGUGGCAAGGCUUGGUUUGCAGCCCACGAGCAACUACUCCACGAACGUGGUCUUCAGGCACCUCCUCCAUGGUUGGUCUCAUGGCAGCGUGUGGUGAGCCGCCUCAAGAACCUCAUGAUGAUGGCGCUUCGCACCAUCUUGCAGUUGGUCAACCUCGGCAUCAUGCCUCGCUCAGCACUCCAGGUGUUUCCUCCGGAAACCCAUGUGCGACCAUCGACAACAACAUGCGAGCAUCUUCAGUGCCGAAGGUACGGCAACCCACACGGUCGGUAUGCACAAUGCCUGACCUGCGAGACCAAGUGGAAGUGGAAUCCAACAGAGGAACUGUGGGUUCAACAUGGCCAGCGCGCGUCUUCCUCGCGCUCGCAACCAUUGCCUCCACCAUGUUCGGCAACCAUAGCCACUUCGUUGGGAGCACCCAAGUCCAAGUCCCGAGCCACGGCCAAGAUUCGUCCCCAACCAGAGCGGCGUUCUCCACCAACUAUAAGGCCAAGGCAGUCAGAGAGCUGGACAACCUUCGACCCUACGGUGAUGGCUUUGGACCAUUUGACGGAGGACCAGCGCUACGAGGUGUGGCAGAUUGUCCAUCAGGACAGUCCCUUGGAUGGCCCUCACAACACCAUGGCGGAGCACAUCUUCCACAACGAGGAGACCUUCAGAGAGGCCAGAGAGGCCUUGGAAAGGACAGCCGACGAAGCUCGUUGGACCCGCCUGAUGGAGCUGGGCGUGUUGACCAAUCCGGACGACCCAAUCUACGACUGGGACAGCGUGGAGCCGGAGGUGUGGCUGAAUCGAAUCCGCAAAGCAGAUUUGUGGGAGCUGUUUGCAGGUGAAGCACAAUGUUCUUACUUGGCCAAUGAGUACUACAUGAAUGCUCUUCAACCAUGGGACUUAAUCUAUGGCCAAGACUUGAUGAAGCGUUCUUUGCAGACCGAAGCCCAUGCAGUCCUUCACAAGUUCAGACCAGCUUUGAUCUUGAUGGGCCUGGACUGCAGCCAUCGUCUGGAGGUCCAAGGCAAACCAAUACGAAAACCAUUCACCUUCCUGGGCAACCUUCCUGGCCUUGAGCAGGCCCUCCAGCGCACGAUGACCAAGGAAGAGCUGGACAUGUGCGUCCCCAUUCAAGGAUCUAUGACCAAACCUUCUCAGGCAUAUCCAGAAGAGCUUUGCAGAACCAUUCUAGCAGCGCUCUAUGAGGAACUACAUCGGCGACAACCACAUCGCUUUUGUGUAUGCCUCAGUUCUCCUUUUGAAGCUCUACCAGUGCAACAACCAACUGAGGAUCUCUCUCAAUGGGACCCUGUUGUUGACUAUGUGGAGAAGAGCUUCGAGAGAACUGCGAAAAGACCUUACAACAUCGACCCCAAGAGCGACAUGGGACAGACCAUCCAAGGUCUGUUUCGCAUCGAUGCCAUACGCAUCCAAGUUGUGUCAUCACCAACUACCAGAAGAAUCCCUAACAAUGUGGAUGAGUACUUCACCAGAGCCUCAUUCUUGUGCUUCAACGACGACACCAGAGCGGUGGAAGUGGAGGAUCUUGAUCAAGUCCGCUUUCCACGGCAACGUUUUGACAAACCUGUGAGACUUGCGGUGUUUGCCUAUGGACACCGAAGACCGCUGGACCUUGAAAGAGUAGAUCCAUCCAGCCAACCAUCUACUUCAACACCAACCGUGGUUCCCAACUUGCCCACGGACAUUGACUUCCCAGGCCUUACUUCUGGGAUCAGACAGGAGAUCAAGGCCUCAGUGGCGCGUUUGCACCUCAACAUGGGACAUCCAUCACGCGAGGAGCUUUGCAGACUCCUUGCCUAUGAGGGUCAUGUUCCAGAUGAAGUAUAUGAAUGCGCAAGAAAGCUCAGAUGCGCAACUUGCCAGCGUUUGAAACCUCCUCAAGCACCAAGACCAUCAACAACUCCGAAGUUAUUGAACGGCCAGUUCAAUGAUGAGGUCCAGGGUGACAUCUUCUACUGCAGAACCUUGGAUGCCACAACGUUUAUGGUUGUGGGCUUUGCUGACAAAGCCACCGGGUUUCAUCAAGCCCUCGUGCUUCCUGACAGGCACGCCAACACCGUGUUUGAAGCCUUUGAGCAACUUUGGCUUCGACCCUAUGGCAUCCCUUUGAAGGUCAUGACAGACCCUGACCCCUCCUUCCGUGGUCACUUCCAGGAGCGACUUCAGGCACUUGGAUGUUUACUGGAGUUUUGCCCUGCGGAGAGCCACUUUGUCAUUGGCAUGAUUGAGCGGAGAAACAGUUUGCUGAGAACCAUUUUGGAAAAGCUGAUAGACACCUUUGGCAUCAACCAGGUGGACCAGUGCUCAACUGCACUCGUGGCAGCCUGCCAUGCCAUCAACUCAGGAAUCCACACCCAUGGACGGUCAGCCUACCAGGCCGUUUUUGGGAAGCAGCCAAGGUUGAUCGACAGCAACUUCAGCAAUCCUAUGGUUUUGGCUUCUUCAUCACCGAUUGCUCAGCUUCAGGAUUCAGAUGCUGGACUUCGAGCUGAGGUGGUUAGAGCCGAGGCCGCCAAGAUCAUCCAAGACCUUGAUGUUUCUCAACACCUUCGACGUGCCUUGCUGAGAAGGACAAGGGCAACCAAAAUCCCAGACCUGAUGCCAGGUCAACCUUGCGCCUUCUGGCGCUGGGCCCGCAGAGGCCAGAAGAAGCGGGGCACUUGGGUGAUUGCAAGGUUCCUAUCUUGGGACCCAAGUCAUCCAGGAAAACAAGCCUGGGUGAAGACUGGAGCGACUUCAAUUUUGGUGACCGCCGAGCAGCUGCGUGCGGCAUUUGGUUUUGAGCAGUGGACCCCUGAAGAAGCUGACAUCCGAGCACUUCGUGAUGCCUCUCAGAAGUUCAGCGACCAUCUCUUGAGGGAUGAGCAGGGUCCACCACCACCAGACAACCUGAUGGUCGAUGACGACACCAUUGACACCAAUGCCAACCUCGACAUCAAUGCCGAGCUGAACGAGCCCUUGGCAUUAACACUCAUCCAGCAACAGCAGUUUCACCGAUAUGGACAUGUGCCAGGAACACCAGUCUCACGAAGACGUUCCCGCACACCAACAAGCAGACGCCUAACACAGGCGCCUCAACAAACACCCACCACGGCAGUUUCACCACAGGAAGCCACUUUGGACUUCCCACCUGAUGCACAACCAAGCCAGCGGCAUGCAUUAGCAGACCCAUAUCAAGAACUACCUGCACAACCUGGCAGCACAGAGCAUCAGCACACACCGGCAUCGCAGGCAAGAGGAUCCAAUGCAACAGGAUCCAACACACGGCAGCAGGCAACAGAACACCCUACUUCAGCACUACCAGAUGGCUUCAUACCACAAACACCACCGAUCACAGCAGAUGAUCAAGCCAUCAGCGUCUCCUCAGGGAGAUCAACACCUCCACUACAACUACCACAAUCUCGACAAGUAACACCACCUACAACAUCAACUACACAUAGACCUUCUCCAGAACCACAACAGACGAUCACUACUACGUCCACCCCACUAAGAACAGAAACACCACAACCAAUGCGAGAUGGACCAUUGCCAACACUACCUCAAAAACGGGACUUUGAGUCCAUGAUGACAACAUUGGUCCAAGAUGAGCAAGGCGUGAUCCACCGUGAUCCAACCCACGUCCACGCACAGCCGUGCUAUGGACCAGCCUCAAGGGUCUUUCAACAGGCCUAUUGGGCCACAAGCCAACGCCGUGAAGACCUGCGCAACGCCCCUGGUAAAUCACCUGAUGAAUCAGACACCACGGCAGAUGAAUCAGACGACGACAACAAUACAGCACAUGAGGGCCAGCAACAAGAGCCCGACGAACAACCAGCCCUUCACCAACAAGCAUUCGGCAAGCAGACAUACAACAAGCAGCUUGACAGACAAGAUGCCAAGAACAAACAGGCACUGCAGCAGAAGCUACACAGCAAGAUACAAAGCAUGAAGCAUCAAAGACAAACACAGAGAGCACAAGACAUGGCAAUUCACAAGCAAGGCCUCUCUCGGCAAGAACAGAAGGCACUGGAUCGUGAGAUUCCAUGGAGGACAAUCUUAGCAAUGCCUCCAGCCUACGUUGACAAGUUCUUGGCCGCGAUCUCCAAAGAGGCCAACUCAUGGCUUGAAUGGAACUCAGUAGAACCUCUUUCACCAGAAGAAGCUCAGAAGGUUCUGAAGGACCCCUUGCUUUCCAAAAGAAUUCUGCCGUCACGAGCGUGCUAUCGUGACAAAGCCUGCGGCAUUGGAGAAGUUCAGCCGAAGUGUCGCAUAGUGGCGCUUGGACACCUUGAUCCAGACCUAGCAACUUUGAACCGCAAUGCUGGAACUCCAAGCCGUUGCACUGAGCAGAUCAUGUAUGCCAUGCUUGUCGCAGGACAAAAUGCUGAUCGCACUAUGCCACUUUUUCUACGACCUCCUCAAGAUGGACUGAUCUCUAUGACGCAGCACUGGUCAGCUCCACUCUAUCGAGUUCGUGGCAACGUGUAUGGCUUAGCAGAUGCACCAGUCACUUGGAGCAAAGAAGUUUGCCGCCGACUGCAGAGCCUGGGCUUCACACAACAUGACUUCGACAGGCAGCUGUACCUUCUGCGAAAGGACGGCCAAAUCAUAGCUGCCAUCAUUGUUUAUGUUGAUGAUUUCCUUGGCAUAAGUAGGUCUGACCAUGACCUUAGUUCAGUUCAUGGUUUGUUCAAAUGGGGAGCUCUGAAUUACUUCCAAGAAAAUAAGCCAAUAACCUUCAAGGGAAAGGAACUGACCCUGAAGCGCAAUGAGCACCAGCGCUUCUAUCUGCACAUCACAUUGAAGAAGUUUCUGGAAGGCAUCGAGUUUGGCGCCAUUGCCAAAGGUCGAUUGCAAGGUUCGCCUGAGCUUUCAUUGGACGAGCGCAAGGAACUGAGAAGCAUUUGCGGAUGUUUGCAAUGGGCCGCAUCCCAGGCCCGACCUGAGAUUGCUGCGACGGUCAGCCUGUCUGGCCAUGGCGAAGAGGCAAAGAUCACAGACUUGAAACAGCUGCAUGCCACUCUCAAGUAUGUCAAAGAGACCCCGCAGUAUGGAAUCAACAUCAUGGAUGUACCAUUCACCCGUGAUUCUGUAGUGCUGGGAUAUAGUGACAGCAGCUGGGCGAAUGCGCGAAAGUCUGGCAGCCAGAUCGGAGUUUUGGUGGGCCUGACGACUCCAUCCGUCAAGACCACAAUGGCACCAUUUACUUUGCUGGAUUGGCGCUCAGCUCGUUCACCGCGAGUCUGCCGAUCAACUUUGGCUGCUGAGGCGACCGCUGCUGAUGAGUGCGCUGACCGCUUAGCCUAUGUGAAUUUGUUCAUAAGUGGACUGAUGUAUAACCAAGCAGCUCACCGAGUAGGUAGUAGGUUAGCCACCCUCCAAGCUGUAGAUGCCAAGUCGUUGUUUGAUGCAAUCAUGAGUGAGAACCCAUCACUCAAUGAUAAGCGAACCCUGGUGAGCAUCAGGGCAAUUCAGGAAACAAUUUCGAGUAAAGAAAUUCGAUGGGUCCCAACACGUUUUCAAUUUGGUGACGGCUUGACGAAGACAGAUGACAAGCUUCUGGAAGCUUUCAGGCGAUGGCUCAAUAUGCCACUUGCCGUUUUGACCGAGUCACCAGAAAACCAGCCAUAUGAGGAAUACCUUUUUCCCCAAGGUGCAAAAAAGAAAAACACCAGUGAAAAUGUCAUGCAAUCCAUGUCAACCAGCUGA